AUAGCUUCGAGAAAACGAGAAAAUUUGAAAUCUUUCACCUGCAAUCUCUCUCAAUGGCUGUAUCACUUCAGACCAAGUACCCUCUAAGACCCAUCACCAACAUCCCAAGAAGCUACCGUCCGUCGCUUCUCCGUGUACGUGUCACCUGCUCUGUUACUACCAUCAAGCCUCAGCCAAAUCGUGAGAAGCUUGUGGUAGAGCAACACAUUGUGAAACCUCCUCUGUCCAACAACCACACUCUGCAAUCGACCAAGCCUCAGCCUAAACGUGAGAAGCUUGUGGUUGAGCAACGUCUUGCGAGUCCUCCUCUGUCCAACGACCCAACUUUGAAAUCGACAUGGACCCACCGGUUAUGGGUUGCAGCAGGCUGCACCACUUUGUUUGUCUCUUUAGCUAAAUCUGUCAUUGGAGGGUUUGAUUCUCAUCUCUGGCUCGAACCAGCUUUAGCCGGUUAUGCAGGGUACAUCUUAGCUGAUCUAGGUUCUGGUGUCUACCACUGGGCCAUUGAUAACUACGGUGAUGAGUCAACACCAGUAGUAGGAAGCCAAAUCGAAGCAUUUCAGGGUCACCACAAGUGGCCUUGGACAAUCACCAGACGGCAAUUUGCCAACAAUCUACACGCUCUGGCUCAAGUCAUAACCUUUACAGUUCUCCCACUAGACCUUGCAUUUAACGACCCUGUCUUUCAUGGCUUUGUGUGCACAUUUGCACUUUGCAUAAUGUUUAGCCAGCAAUUCCAUGCUUGGGCACAUGGAACCAAGAGCAAGCUUCCACCUCUCGUGGUGGCGUUGCAGGACAUGGGGUUGCUUGUUUCACGGAGACAGCACGCAGAACAUCAUCGAGCACCGUAUAACAACAAUUACUGCAUCGUGAGUGGGGCAUGGAACAAUGUUUUGGAUGAGAGUAAGGUCUUUGAGGCAUUGGAGAUGGUGUUUUAUUUCCAGCUUGGGGUGAGACCUAGGUCAUGGAGUGAACCAAACUCUGACUGGACAGAAGAAACCGAGAUCUCCAACAACCAAGCAUAAAUAAUUUUUUUACAAGGUGGUCUAUGAAAAAAAACAAUUCUUGAUACAUGUACAAGAAAAUUUAAGUAAUAUAAUGAAGAGAUUUCUUCGUA